CCGCAUCCCGACGCCCGCACUCGGCCCGCGCUGCGCACGCUCGGCCAUGGCUGCGGUCGCGUUGCCGCUGCUGCUGCUGCUGGCGUCGCAGGCCGCCCCAGCGCCGGCGCGCGACCCCUUUGCCCCGCAGCUCGGGGACACGCAGAGGUGCCAGCAGCGCUGUCGCCAGAGCCACUCUGUCUCGCCGCCCGUUCAGCGUGAGCAGGAGGGCCCCUCAGAUUCCCUGAAGAACAAGGCCGUCCUCACCAGUGCUUGUGAACGUGGCUGUCGGCUUUUCUCCAUCUGCCGCUUCGUGGCCAGGAGCUCUGGGACCAAUGCCACAGAGACGGAAUGUGAAGCUGCCUGCACUGAGGCCUACGGGAAGGCAGCAGAGCAACGGGCCUGCAGUGAGGGAUGCUGGGGCCAGACCCCCGAAGCCGAGACCCGGCCGGAGCAGAAGAAAACCGCGUUGGAGCUGCCCAGGGGGCCUCUGUCUCUGCUGAGCUUACUUUCCACAAUGUGCAACGGCCUCAUGAGUUCCGCCCAGGGCUUCGUGUCCUCCACCUGGACAUACUCCCUUCAGACAGACAACCGGAAGGUGGUGGUCUUCCAGACCCAACCUGUGGUAGAGAACUUUGCCGUCCAAGGGAGUCGUCUUCAGCGAGUGGAGGUGACCCUGAGGGGGUCCCACCCUGAGGGCCUGGAAUUACACAUGGAUCCCCUAGGCCCCUUGGACAAAGUGAGGAGAGCUAAGACCCGAGUGAAGCCCAGCAAGGCCAAGGUGGAGUCUGAGGACCCAGAAGAGAAUGACUUCUUCAGCUGCAUGUCCCGGCGUUCCGGGUUGCCUCGGUGGGUGGUGUUCUGCUGUCUCUUCCUCUCCGUCCUGAUCAUGCUGUGGCUGAGUUGCUGUACCCUGGUCAGCACACCGGGCCAGCACCUCAGGUUCCAACCUCUGACCGCAGAGCAGCAUAAGGGUCUCCUGAUGGAGUCAGCCUGGCCUUUGUACCCGUCCCCGCCACCUGCCUAUGAGGACAGCCCCCCGCCCUACAAGUUGAAGCUAGAUUUGACCACGCUGUAAUCUUUGGCCUGCAGGGGGCCCCUCCAUAUUCGUUCACUCUGCACCCUGAAGUCCAAGGUCAGGGUGGGGACCAGCCUUGGCCUUGUCUACCCCCAGUCCUGCUUCCCUCGCUUGCCAGCGCGUCUUUCAGCCCCCUUGAGCUCCACUGUCUUGCUUUCUCUGGGGCUGGCUUUUCGGCGUUUUCACAUGCUCUGGCUAUGAACCCGGUCUGUCACCUUUUUCUUUCUCUGUGUCCGCUCUUGGGGUCUGAGGACUCGGGUUCCCCUCUGCUCAGGCUCUUUCCCUUUAUCUCUGGUGACCCAGCCCUACAAAAGGGAGGGAUGGGGACUCCCUGCUGGGAGGGGGUGAGGAGGAGUAAAUCUUUAAAUAAAGUGAAUAAAAAAGAUA